AUGCGGCGCUUUCACAAAGUCAUUUAUCAUGCCAACAAUCAGACAGUUGAUGUAGAUUCAGGACUCAUCUGGGACGAUGUGUACAGCGCACUUGACCCCUAUAAUGUCAGUGUCGUCGGUGGACGCGUUUCUGGUGUUGGUGUUGCCGGAUUCACUCUGGGUGGUGGUUAUUCAUGGAAAUCAAACCAAUUUGGACUCGCCAUCGAUAAUGUUCUUGGAUACGAGCUUGUCAGUCCGAAUGGUACAAUUGUAUACGUGACUAAUGACUCGUAUUCGGACAUUUUUUUCGGCCUGAAAGGUGGUUUCAACAAUUUUGGUAUCGUCACUAAUUUCAAAUUGCGUGCUGUACCACAAACCCUAGUCUAUGGUGGCCUCCUCAUUUAUGUUGAUAUACAUAAAUUUGACCACAUCUUAACAGCUUUGGUUAACUUUCACAAUAAUAACAAAGAUCCUAAAGCGCAACUGUUGCCCUCGUUCUUUCGUCAGGCAGGACUUAUCUGCUUUGCUCUUACUGUCUUCUAUGACGCCCCGACAGCUCCCAAAAGUACCUUCGAUGAGUUUAUGAAUAUCUCUCACGUCGGCGUUCUCAAAACUCGAUCAUUUCUUUCAUUCAUUAAAGCGGUACCCGUCUUCGUUACCGAAGGUAUGCGGUGA